AUGGCCGAUACGGCUCAACGAAGGAUGACGAAGUCGCCGGUGCGGCUAGCGCGAGAGGCAUUACGUAUCGGCGAAGAGGGCUUGCCGAGUUACUCGGCGGCGAAAAGUCCGAAGAAAUUCACGCAGCCGCAGUUGUUCGCCGUCUUGGUGCUGCGGCAGUUCUUCAAGACCGACUAUCGUGGCAUCGUUGCGUUGCUGGAAGAUAUAGAACGGCUCGGCUUGAUUGGUAAGAAGCCGGACGCGGCCGUCGAUGCGACUGGUUUGGAAAGCCGUCAUGCAUCACGACAUUACGUGUCGAGAGCGGGCCAGAAGCGAUACCUGCGCAGCGAUUGGCCAAAGUUGACCGUAGUCUGCGACACGGCCAGUCACCUCAUCGCCGGCGCGAGCGUGGCACGCGGACCAAGCCAAGACUCACCCGACUUCUUUCCGGCGAUGUAUCAAGCGGGUUGCCACGUGCGUUGGUACCGUGUGUUCGCCGAUGCCGGCUACGAUGCCGAGCACAACCACGAGUUCUGCCGUGAUGUGUUGGGAAUGAAGUCAUCGAUCAUUACACUCAAUCGUCGCAACAUGGGCCGCCGCUGGCCACUCACGAAGUAUCGACGUCAGAUGAAACGCACGGCGUAUCGCCGCGACUAUGGCCAGCGUUGGCAAGUCGAAAGCGUCUUUUCGCGUUACAAACGCCUGCUCGGCGCCGCCCUUCGCGCCCGCACCGAUGCCAGCCAAGCCCGCGAAAUGCUACUGCGAGUGCUGGUCCAUAACCUGAUGCUUCUCAGGAUGGAGCCCGAGACCGAAGACCUGCAAGCCGAGCUCAGCGACGAGCACUGGCUGCUGAUCGCCGACCUGUUCGAAAACCCUAAACCCAGCCCGAAGGGCGGCCGCCCGAUGGUCGACCCGCGAGCUUGUUUUGAAGGUGUGCUGUGGCAAGAUCGACUGGCGGGAAGGUUUCGCGGACGGGACGUUUGCUCCGGCAAAAAAAGGGGCGAACGCGUCGGCAAGACCAAGCGAGGCAAAGGAACCAAAGUCAUGGUACUGGCCGACGCGCGAGGCUUGCCCUUGUCGAUCGACGUCGCUUCGGCGAGCGAAGCCGAGGUGAAUCUCGUCGAGCCGCUGCUGAACAUGGCCGCGACGCGCUACGUCCCCAACAAACUGAUCUACGACAAAGCGGCCGACUGCGAUGCAUUGCGUGAUCGGCUCGCCCGGCGAAACAUCGACCUGAUCAGUCCGCACCGAAAAAACCGGGUCCGACGGAAAACGCAGGACGGUCGAAAACUCCGCCGCUACCGUAGGCGUUGGAAGAUCGAACGCACCGUCAGCUGGCUGCACGACUUCCGACGACUGCUCGUCCGCCACGAAUUCUAUUGGUCGCUCUACCAAGGAUUCUCCAAACUCGCCUGCAUCAUCAUGGCCGUCCGAAGGUUAUUAGAUACGCUCUAG